UCAAUUGGAUCGAUCUUCCUUUUUGUUUCCCCCUUUAAACUCUUUCUUCCCUGGAGCCCAAGACAAGUCUACCUAACCUAACCUAGGUACCCAAGGUAGAGUUACAUACCUCCUAUGCAAGUAUAUAUGCGACGAUGAAGCUCUCCAUCCUCUCCGUGGGCCUCCUGGCCCUGCUCACGCCGUUGACGUCGGCCUGGACGAAAGAAGACCGCGAGAUCUUCCGCCUGCGCGACGAGCUCGCCCAGCACGAGGGCGCCAACGUCACCUUCUACGACUUCCUCGGCGUCUCGCCGCGCGCCACCCAGGACGAGAUCAACAAGGCCUACCGCAAGAAGUCCCGCGCCCUGCACCCGGACAAGGUCAAGCAACAGCUCGCCGCCGAGCGCGCCAAGGAGGCCAAGGCCAAAGCCAAAGGCAAGGGAAAAGGGAAGAAGUCCGGCGUCCACCUCACGAAGCAGCCUACCCCGUCCGAAAUCAAGGCCGCCAUCAAGGCCGCCGGCGACCGCCAGGCCCGCUUGUCUAUCAUCGCGAAUAUCCUCCGAGGCUCUGGUCGCGCUCGCUACGACCACUUCAUGGCGAACGGGUUCCCCGUGUGGAAGGGGACAGAAUACUACUACAGCCGCUACCGGCCGGGCUUGGGCACCGUGUUAUUCGGCUGUCUGCUCGUGGGCGGUGGUGGUUUCCACUACCUAGCUCUGUACAUGAGUUGGAAACGACAGCGCGAGUUCGUCGAGCGGUAUAUCAAGUUCGCCCGACAGGCCGCGUGGGGCGAUAACCUCAACAUCCCGGGUGUCGACACGCCGGGCACCGCUACUCCUCCCCCUCAAGCACCCCCCGCCGGCGACGACCAGCAGCAGCCCCCGAUGCCGAUGAACCGCAAGCAGCGACGGCUGCAAGAGCGUGACGCACGCAAGGAAUCGGCCAAGGAGGGCAGACGCCAGCCACGUAGUCGAGGACGCCCCGGACAAGCAAGCGGAAGCGCAACACCCGUGCCUCAAUCCCAGGGAGGCGGCGGCCCCUCGGGCCCGAAGAAGCGCGUUGUGGCUGAGAACGGUAAAGUGCUCGUUGUCGACUCUCUCGGGGACGUGUAUCUCGAGCAGGAAGAUGCCGACGGCAAUGUAGAGGAAUUCCUUCUCGACCCCAACGAGCUCCCCCAACCCACGAUCAAGGACACCGCGCUCGUCAAGCUUCCGAUAUGGGCGUACACCGCGACUCUCGGGCGCGUCUUCGGCACGCGCGCCUCCUCCAGCAACGACCAGCUCUCUGAGGACGAAAACAACAACGCCGCCGCCGACGAUCUCGCAGAUGAUUCCUCCUCGUCCGACCAGCCGGCGCAGCGCACCCCCUCGACCGAUUCCGCCGAGGACUUCGAGCUCCUGGGCACCAGUGUCGAGGACCUGCCCAGCAAGCCCAAGGCCACGGGGAGCCAAGCGGCGCAGAGAAGCAGCAGCAAGGCUAAGAAGAGGAACAAGAAGCGUUAGGUACGAGGCUUGCGGGAAUCUGACGGGAGUCCGGCGGAGCGGGAGAUGGGAGGGGGUCGUGAUGAGCCUUGGCUGCUUUUACGCGUAUGACAGAUAGAGAAGGAAAAGAAAGGGGCGUGCAUGGAAACGUGUCUCGUCCUCAUGCCUAGUUUCUCUCUUUGAUGCAU